AUGGGAAAUAUUCUAUCGAUUACUUGUUUUGGAAAAAAAGAAGCGCCGAUAUGCAAUGGUGAAACAUGUCUGAUCACGAGAAAUCAAUCGCCAUCACCAACCAGUAGUUUCUAUCAUGCCUGUCGAGAAGGUGACUCUGAUCAAGUAAAACAACUACUAGCUUCAACGUCACUCGAUGAAAUCAAUAAAAUAGAACCGAAUGGAAGUACAGCUUUACAUGUCGCAUGUUAUUAUGGUCAUUAUGAUAUUGUUAAGAUACUCUUAGAUGCGGGUGCAUCUCGUUCCAUACGUAAUCGACGGUACCAAUUGACUCCAUUUGAGGAAGCACAUACUGAACAAAUUCGAAGAUUGUUUUAUCGUGUUAAUAGUACAAAUAAGAUAACUUCUGAUGUAGACAAUGAUCGUUUCACUGGAUUAUCUGGACAUACAGAAUGGGUGGUAGAGUCUAAACAGGCAGCAGAUUGGAAGAUCAAUCUCUAUAAAUGUCUAAAACUUGAACAACCUUUCGAUGAAGUGAUUGCUUUUCUAAAUGAACAUUACUUAGCUAAUCAUGUAGCUCGAGUAUGUCAAUCUCAGCAUGACAAACAAGUGAUUCAAUGGUUCUUUCAUCAAGCGGUCUUGCAGCAAAAUGCUCAAUAUAUUGUAAAAGCAUACACAUCUGUCACUCAAUUCUACAGUAUAGUUAACACUCAUCUUGCUCAGUUUCUAUUGCGGUUCUUUCGCUGGAACUAUAAUGCACGACAUGCUAAUACAUUAGAGAAAUCCGUCGGCUACUUAGCUUCUAUCUUUAUAUACCAUCCAGAUUUACGUUCUCUCAGUUAUAUAGGUAUAACUUACAGAGGGAUGGUACUUAGCCGACAUGAUCUUUCUAUUUACAAUGUUGGUAAGCGAUUAUUAAAUAAAUCGUUUCUUUCAACGUCUAUUGAUCGUCACGUGGCUAAAGUAUUUGCUGGAGCUGGUGACUCAAAAUGCAUGCGACGAAAUUUGAAUAAUGAUCCUAUCCAAUAUAUGACACUCUGCACCUAUAAAAUUACAAAUCCAGAUACAGCUUUGUUUAUUGGAACAAUUUCUGAAGUACCAUUAGAACAAGAAGUACUUAUCAUGCCAUUGUGUGCUUUUCAAAUUAAAGCGAUUAAAAAAAAUUUAGACAACGAUAGUAAUAUUGAUGUUGAAAUAGAACUGGAAGAGUGCGUUAGUAGUUGCUUUGAUGAUGUUAAUCAGUCAACAGAAUUCGUGCCUAAGAAUUCACAGUCGCGAAUAUUAUGCUAG